CAACAAGUAACUUUUACAAACGACAAAACAUUAACACAAAACUAAACCUCUUCCACCCUCACUCACCAAACUCAAACAGAUCAUUUACACUUUGAGUUCAGUUGAGUUGUUACAAUGGAGUUUCUAGAAGAAGCUAACUACCAGUUGAAGGAGAUUCAAACACUCGAAGGUCACACCGACCGAGUCUGGAGCCUUGCUUGGAAUCCAUCCACGGGACGCGACGGUGUUCCUCCACUUCUCGCUUCUUGUAGCGGCGACAAGACCGUUCGAAUCUGGGAGCGUAACCUCUCCUCUGGCUCUUGGGACUGCAAGGCAGUUUUGGAUGAAACGCAUACGAGAACGGUACGAUCGUGUGCUUGGUCUCCGUCCGGGAAAUUGUUGGCAACUGCAAGUUUUGAUGCCACCACUGCAAUUUGGGAAAAUAUUGGGGGUGAUUACGAAUGUGUCUCCACUUUAGAAGGUCAUGAAAAUGAAGUGAAAAGUGUGGCUUGGAAUGCUUCUGGGUCUCUGCUUGCUACUUGUAGUCGAGACAAAUCGGUUUGGAUUUGGGAAGCAAUGCCAGGGAAUGAAUUUGAGUGUGUUUCAGUGUUGCAAGGACAUGCACAAGACGUGAAAAUGGUUCAGUGGCAUCCAACAAUGGAUGUUUUGUUUUCUUGUAGCUAUGAUAACACUAUCAAGGUUUGGUGGGCAGAGGACGUGGACAGUGAUAAUUGGCAGUGUGUUCAAACUAUAGGUGAAUCUAACAAUGGUCACUCAUCUACUGUUUGGGCUUUAUCAUUUAAUGCUGAGGGAGACAAAAUGGUUAGCUGCAGUGAUGAUCUCACCUUAAAGAUAUGGGAAGCUGACAUUACAAGAAUGCAGUCUGGUGAUGGCUAUGCACCUUGGAGACAUAUGUGCACCCUCUCAGGUUAUCAUGAUCGAACAAUUUUUUCUGUUCACUGGUCAAGGGAAGGUAUUAUUGCCAGUGGAGCGGCUGAUGAUGCUGUGCGGUUGUUUGUGGAGAGCAAAGAUGCUUUGAUUGAUGGACCUUCAUAUAAAAUGCUGUUGAAGAAGGAAAAGGCCCAUGACAUGGAUGUCAAUUCAGUGCAGUGGAGCCCAGGGGAACGCCCUCUACUUGCCUCUACAAGUGAUGAUGGGACGAUAAAGAUAUGGGAACUGGCUAGUACAUUGUGAAAAAAAGAUGGCAUAGCUUAUGUGGGAACUAGCAAUUUGAGUCUUUUACAACAUUUGAUUAUUAAUUAAAUGCUGUAGAGUAUGUUUACUUUAUAAUUUUAUCAGGUUGUGGAGAUGUUCUUCCACAUUUGUUGGCAGUUUCUGAAAUCGAAGGAUUAAUAUAUAAUAUAUAGCAAGAAAAAUGUGGCUUACAGCAUUAUUAUUAUUAUUA